AAAUAAAACAUGGAAAAUACUUCUGCACAUAACUUUUAGCAUGAAGACAACAUGUUAUUGCACAAAAAGGAUAAAAAAAGGAAGAUAACAAAAAAAAUACACAUUCUGUGAAGCUCUGCUCCCUAGGCUAAAUUGUUUGUAAUGUUUGUUCUGAAGACGUGACAGCUGUACACAUUUGACAACUGACCAUUAUAAACUAACAAUAAUAUCAGUAUGCAAAACUCUGUUUGACUAAAACUAGUGGAGUUCUUAAAUGGUUGACUCUAUUAAAUUAUAUUGGCUGAAAUUAUUGGUUAUCAGUUAUAUUCACUUCUGUCUCCUUAAAAUUGACAUCUGUGUAAGUGACAAAAAAUUCAUAUUGGUCGGACUCUGAUUUGAAUUUUGUGAGCACACUAAUUUUUUUGUGUAAAUAAGUAAAGCCAGUGACCAAAUGCAACCCACUUUCAGUCUUGUUUUGUACUUCAGGAAUGAGCAUGGCUGUGCUUGGAUGCUGAACAGAUGGCACAGUCACUUUCUGACCUGGCUCACAUUGUUGGUAAUUGACCAGAUCAGUGAGAAGCACUUUAUCCAGCUUACACCCCACAUUCCCUGGAUCAGCUGCCCAGCCUUGCGCAGUCAUUGCCCACGGUCAGAAGUCAACCAAUCACAUCAAGCCAGCAUAUAUAUUUCCCUCCCUCUGCAUAUGUGCACCUAAAUCCACCUGCAGAACAAAAUCUACCUGUCAGGUGUUUAAUAAAUCACAACAAUAUCCACACUUUACAUUGCUUAACAUGCAUUUACUUUCAACAAAUAAGUUGUUCGGUCAAAGCUUUUCAGCUUGUUAGCAUGUGUCUGUACAAUGGCGCAGGUGCGCUACUGCUGAGUAGAUAAUCCCUUACAUUUGUGUCGAGUGUGUGCAUCCGAGUGAGUACUGAAUCUUACUUUCUGCUCAGACCUGCUGCUAACUUAGAGGCAAGCCAUUUUUUCUGCUUGUAUACCAUUUCUUUUUUAUCAAGUCUGGUUAGGAUUCAUGGGAUAAGCUGUAGCAGAUUGCAACUGUCUACAAUCAGAAAGGGUGAGGCCUUUUUAGACCAUCUGGUCAGGAGCUGACUUCAUUACCUGAGGACACCACUGCUUAAUACCAAUCCGUCACACAGAACACCCACUUCGGGCUAAAGAAGGAGGCUUGACUUUUCAUCCAUGUGGCUAACUAAAAGUGUUUUGAGGUGAUGUUACGGAGAUGAUUUAACAGUUACACAGAUACACUAGUCAUUCCCAUGGUGAUGUUUUGGGUGACUGUGGAGAGACAACGGGAGCAAAGGGACCUAGUCUACUCCUAGGCAUUGUGGAUUUAAGAGAGGAAUGCUGUUGGAGUACUUUUUUUCUCUCACUGGACUUGAGUACAUGGAUUAGAAGAACAUGCACGUAUCAUUCAUGUAUCAAACAGAACUGCAACACUGCAUCCAAGGUCCGAAGUGUUAGCAUGGCUGUCUCUGAAGACAUCUGCAGCACCAAAGAUGUCACAUUGCAGCCACCCACCUGUCCAGCUGAGAGCCCCUGUCCCAACCUGAAACGGAAGCAGCUCAUGUGGCAGAAUGCCGUGCGUCACAUUAUAGACCAGCGAGAUAUCCAUGAAGAUGUCCAAAAUGCUUCUACGCACAAAAUAGUAGUCACUGAUUCCUACAUUGAUGACAUUAACCGCCAGAUCCGCAACAAGGCCACACGGGGCAACAUUGGGCACUACAAACGCCGUUCAUCAGCUACCCGUGUCCACCCUGUUCGAGAGCGUGAAUCAACGGCCACACAGAAAUCCACAGACUCCAUGAGUGAUGGUGACUUCAUCAGUUGGGGCACCACAGUGCGAGGUGUCUUCCUCCCAACCCUCCACCACACAUUUAAAUCCCCCGACCUGGAGCGCCUGUACCAGCAGCACUCCUUGGCUCAGCGCCGCACCUCCCUGGUGGUCACCAAUGUCAUCGAUAUACUCACCAAGCUCCACAUACUCUUCAUCUACCUGGCCAUGGCUCCUGAAAUGGUAGACUGCUUGCGAGGCUGGUUGGCUGGGCUGUUCAUGGCCAUCGGUGCACUUUUGUGUUUUCUGGUCCUGACUUGCAAGGGGGCCAUGUCUCCAGAGUACCUCCACUAUGCAGGUUUGGCCAGCUGGUUGUCUCAGACUGUGCAGGCUCUGGGUGGGUUGGUUUAUGGACUGGAGAAGGACCAGUCUUGGUAUGUACUCUUCACACUCUUUGCCACUUACACAUUGCUACCUCUGCCUCUGCUGUGGUCCAUCUGCACCGGCUGUCUCACCGUAUCCCUGCACCUGCUGGUUGAGGCCCUUGGAAACUACAAUGAAUCUGCCAUUGUCAGUAAGCUGCUAGCCAAAGGUCUAUUGUAUCUGGGGAUGAACACUGCAGGACUGUUCAUCCAUUACCUGUCAGAUCGCACUCAGAGACAAGCCUUCCUUGAGACACGGCGCUGCAUUGAGGGGAGGGUCAAAUUGGAGCGAGAAAAUCAGAGACAGGAGCGCUUGGUAAUGUCUAUUCUACCUCGUUUCAUUGCCUUGGAGAUGAUAGCUGACAUGAGUGCAAUGGGGGAUGACUUACUACCUCAGCAAUUCCACAAAAUCUACAUCCACCAGUACAAAAAUGUCAGUAUCCUGUUUGCUGAUAUAAAAGGCUUCACCACGCUCUCAAUGACAAUGUCUGCUCAGGACCUCGUACGUACGCUGAAUGAGUUGUUCGGUCGCUUUGAUCGCCUUGCAGAGGAGCACCACUGCAUGAGGAUAAAGAUUUUGGGGGACUGUUAUUACUGUGUUUCUGGAGUACCAGAGCCCCAGAGAGCCCAUGCUCGCUGCUGUGUGGAGAUGGGUCUGGCCAUGAUCAACACCAUACGAUAUGUUCGCAACGAGUUAAAGCGAGAUGUGGACAUGCGCAUUGGAAUCCACUCUGGCUCAGUACUCUGUGGGGUUUUGGGUCUGCAGAAGUGGCAAUUUGAUGUGUGGUCCUGGGAUGUUGAUGUUGCCAACAUGCUGGAGGCAGGAGGAAUCCCUGGGCGAAUUCAUAUCUCCCGGGCCACCCUGGACUGUUUGGAGGGAGUGUAUGAGACGGAGGAAGGUCGUGGCCAUGAGCGUAACGAGUUCCUGCGCAAACAUAAGAUCGAUACAUUCCUCAUCUGCCACACACCACAGGAGGACAUGGAGCCCCCUAAGGCCCGGAGACCCAGUCGGGAGGAGACAUCCUGGAGUGCUGAGCUACCCUUCGACAACAUCAUUGGCAUGAACUGUAUCUUAGCCACUUUCACCAAUGGCUCCUUGGUGCAACUACCUAAUCCGAUCGCUGCUCAGUGCUCCGGUUCCCGAGAGAUCAACAAGAGGAUCAAGCAAGCCAUUGAAGUCCGCAGCAGUGAACGCAUGCAGAAAGAACACAUCACUCCCCUAACGCUGGUCUUUAAGGACAGUAAUGUAGAGGAAAAGUUUUCACAAAUGAGAGAUGAGAUGUUCAAGUCCAAUGUGGUCUGCUCCUUUCUCGUACUGCUCCUCAACAUGACUGCCCAGUGUCUCAUGCCUGCACCACAGAUCAGCCCUAUGGUGAUCCAGUUCUUAAUGUUCUUUGUGGCCUACUCACUGCUGUUGCUGGUCACUUUGGCUGAGGAGUUCAAGAGGUCACCAGCGUGUCUUCAGCACCUGUGCUGCUGGAUCCAUGAGACCAAGAGUAUCCGCAAUCUGCUCACACUCACCGCAAUCGCCAUCAACUUUGGGGUGGCAUCUUCAGACAUUUUGUGGUGCAGCACAGUUGAAGCAGAGGCUUCAAAGAUCAAUAAGAGCUCAGAACAGCAAGGAGCUCAGGGGCCAGUCAACAUCUGCACCUAUCCAGAGUUCUUUAUUCUGAGUGGGGUGGUGGCUAUGGUGACAUGUGCCGUGUUCCUGAGGCUGAGUUGCCUUUUGAAGCUUGCAAUGCUGAUGCUGGUCAUUGCUGUUUACACAUACCUUAUCGAAGUGGCCUUCCAUGUGCUCUUUAUUCGUGAACACCAAAAUGGACAAAUUCAAAGGUCUCAGUACUUGAGAAGAAAAGGCAUCUCUGUGUUGUUGAUGGCCAUGUUCGUUGUUGUAGUACUUUACAACAGCAGAAAGUUAGAGACGACUGCCCGACUGGAUUUCCUGUGGCGCCUACAAGCUAGACAGGAAGUGGAGGACAUGAAGGAGCUGAGAGAACAUAAUGAGUGUCUGCUUUACAACAUUCUCCCUGCUCAUGUUGCCAGGCACUUCCUUGAAAGAGAUAGGAAUGAUGAGGACCUAUAUUCUCAGUCUUAUGAGAAAGUGGGGGUGAUGUUUGCCUCUAUCCCGGGUUUCACUGACUACUAUGAGCAGAAGGAGUUGAUUAAUCAAGAUGUGGAGUGUCUGCGCUUGCUUAAUGAGAUCAUUGCCGAUUUCGAUGAGCUUUUGGGUGAGCCUUACUUCCACGACAUUGAGAAAAUCAAAACUGUAGGCAGUUGUUACAUGGCUGCCUCUGGACUUUCUCCUGAUAAACAGGAGCGAGAGGAUGAAUGGGCUCAUCUCUGUGAGUUAGUACUUUUUGCUUUGGCCAUGCAAGAAACACUAAAAGAAAUAAACAAGCGCACAUACAGCAACUUCAGACUACGAGUUGGCAUUGCCCAUGGACCAGUAGUGGCAGGAGUCAUCGGUGCCACCAAGCCGCAGUAUGAUAUCUGGGGAAUGACAGUCAAUCUGGCUAGUCGGAUGGACAGCACUGGGGUGAGCGGGAGCAUCCAGGUCUCAGAGAGCACCAGCCACAUCCUGGCUGACCGCGGCUUCGUUCUGGAGCUCCGGGGUGACAUCUAUGUCAAAGGGGUGAGUGAGCGGCAAGGAGGUGUCCGCACGUACUUUGUGAGCAGCAGGGAGCAGAGGUCCAGUCAUGCUGAGAGGACGACCACUAGGAGGCUCUCUCUGGGAAGAAACACUUUGGCUGCAGUGGUCUUUGGUUUGGUGCAGGCACGCAAGAGGGAGACACUGCGUGAGGCUAACGGAGUCUUUCAUCUAAUGGAGAUGACAUGA